UAUGGCGUUUCCGGUUUCGUGUGGCUCGCCUCAUAGCCCCGAUGAGCUCCCUGGAGACCCGUCUUCACAAGAAGAUGAGGAUUGCGAUUAUGAAGAUCGGGUCAGCUACUCGGGUUCAUACUCCUCAGAGAGUAGCGAUUAUGAGUAAGAGUCUUGAAGAGGGGCAGUUAAAUCCAUCCGUUCAAUCCAGAGAGUGUACACGUGGGCUGGGGGGACUGCCAGAAUGUUGGCGUGGUUGGGAUUGAGGAGAGUUCUAUAAUCAGUGGGAUUUACUUGAGCCACGUUCCACUUCUGCGGUAUUGUGAGCCGCAAUGACGUGCCAUUCUUCGCUCGUGUGGGCUUUUUAUGAUGGUCAGUGAUGUUGAACCUGAAUGGCUGGACAGUGUGCAGAAAAAUGGAGAAUUAUUUUAUUUGGAAUUGAGUGAGGGUGAAGAAGAAAGCCUCCUUCCUGAGACUCCUACUGUGAAUCAUGUCAGAUUCAGUGAAAAUGAGAUUAUAAUUGAAGAGGAUGAUUACAAAGAAGGAAAAAAGUAUGAACCUAAACUCAAGCGGUUUACCAAAAUUUUAAAAAGUAAAAGUCUUUUACCCAAGCGCCACAGUAAAAAAAGUAGUAAUGGCAAUGAGCCAGUGUCCAUUCUAAAGCAUCAGUCUGACCAGAAAACAGGAGUUGUUGUCCAACAGCGGUACAAGGAUGUGACUAUUUAUGUAAACCCCAAAAAGUUAACUGUGACCAAAGCCAAAGAGCAACUUAAGCUUCUGGAAGUCCUGGUUGGGAUUAUCCAUCAGACCAAGUGGAGCUGGAAAAAAGGUGGAAAACAGAGCAGUGGAGAAAGGCUUGUGGUCCAUGGCCUGCUGCCAGGAGGCUCUGCUAUGAAGAGUGGUCAGAUAUUAAUUGGUGAUGUCCUUGUUGCUGUGAAUGAUGUUGAUGUGACUUCUGAGAACAUAGAGAGAGUUCUGUCUUGUAUUCCUGGACCUAUGCAGGUAAAACUGACCUUUGAAAAUGCAUAUGCUGUGAAGAAGGAAACAACUCAACCAAGACAGAAAAAGGAACAGUCGAACACAAAUGAUUUAGUCAAACUUCUGUGGGGAGAGGAGGUUGAAGGUAUCCAGCAAAAUAUCCUAAACACUCCUCACAUCGUUAUGUAUCUCACACUGCAGCUUGACUCAGAAACAUCAAAAGAGGAGCAAGAAAUUCUUUAUCAUUGUCCAGUAUCUGAUGCAUCUCAGAAACUUAAAAGUGUGAGAGGGAUAUUUCUCACACUCUGUGACAUGUUGGAAAAUGUAACUGGGACACAAGUUACUAGCUCAUCCCUUCUUUUAAAUGGGAAACAAAUCCAUGUGGCUUAUUGGAAAGAAUCUGACAAGUUGUUGUUAAUUGGCCUGCCUGCUGAAAAAGUUCCUCUUCCUCAGCUGAGGAAUAUGAUAGAAGAUGUUGUCCAAACCUUAAAAUUUAUGUAUGGUUCUUUAGAUAGUGCCUUUUGCCAGGUUGAGAAUGUUCCUCGUUUGGAUCAUUUUUUCAGCUUGUUCUUUCAAAGAGCACUUCACCCUGCUAAACUACAUUCUGGUACCAGUUUGAGUGCACAACAAUAUGAUGCUUCCAGCGCAGUGCUUUUAGACGGCCUCCCUGGAGUUCGAUGGCUCACACUUCCACGGGAAAUCAAGAUGGAACUAGACACAGCAUUGAAUGACUUGGAGACUGCAGAUUUUGCAGAACUGUCUGAGGAUUACUAUGACAUGAGGCGGCUGUAUACAAUUUUAGGGUCUUCUCUAUUUUACAAGGGUUAUUUGAUAUGCAGUCAUUUGCCUAAAGAUGAUCUUAUUGAUAUUGCUGUAUACUGUCGCCACUACUGCCUACUGCCUUUAGCAGCAAAACAAAGAAUUGGUCAGUUGGUUAUAUGGAGAGAGGUGUUUCCUCGACAUCACCUCCAACCUUCUACAGACUCAAACACUGAAGUCUUUCAGGAACCUGAAGGGAGAUAUUUUUUGCUAAUAGUUGGCUUGAAGCACUAUAUGUUAUGUGUGCUAUUAGAAUCUGGAGGCUGUGCAUCCAAAGCUAUUGGGAAUCCUGGACCCGACUGUAUUUAUGUGGAUCAGGUCAAAACAACCCUUCACCAACUGGGAGGAAUAGAUUGUCGCAUCAGUGAACAGCUAACAGCUUCUCCCAGCCCCUGUUUGUCUUGUGCUGACUGGUUCCUUACUGGAUCACAUGAAAAAUUAGAUAGUUUGACGACCUCACCUAUCCUCAGUAGGCUACCAGGUACUUCCAAGGUAGCAACCUCUCCAACAUGCAGAAGAAUUCUUUUUGGUGACUAUUCCUUAAAAGCACGUAAGCCCAGCCCUUCUCGAAGCAGUGGAGGAUCUGACAAUGGCUGUGAAGGUGGAGAAGGCAUUGGCCUGAGCCCUCAUUCUACACCAGAUGCCAUAUGGAAGCAAAGAGAAUCUCGGGGCUCUGAUGGUUCGGAGGAAAGUGGGGCCUUGCUUAAGGUCACUAAAAAGAAGGUUAGUCUUCCAAAUCCAUUUCAUUUGGGGAACUUGAAAAAGAACCUUUCAGAAAAAGACCUGGAAAUAUAUAACACAAUGAAAUUAACAUCUGGUCCUGAGAACACACUUUUCCACUAUGUUGCCUUAGAAACUGUGCAAGGGAUCUUUAUUACUCCGACCCAUGAAGAGGUGGCACAGCUAAGUGGUUCUAUCCACCCUCAACUAAUAAAGAAUUUCCAUCAGUGUUGUCUCUCCAUUCGUGCAAUUUUCCAAAAGACAUUGGUAGAAGAGAAAAAGAAGGCACUAAAUCGUGGAGAUCAUUCAGGUUCUACAAAUUCUGUAUCUUCUCUUAACCCUGUGAAAGAACAUGGUGUGUUGUUUGAGUGCUCACCUGAAAAGUGGACGGAUCAGAGAAAAGCACCACCAGUUAUGGCCUACUGGGUAGUAGGGAGACUCUUUCUUCAUCCCAAACUUCAAGAACUUUAUGUCUGUUUUCAUGAUUCAGUCACAGAAAUUGCCAUAGAAAUGGCUUUUAAAUUGUUCUUUGGAUUAACCUUGUAGCUGUGUUUUCUUGAUGCAUGGCAACUGUGCACGGAACAUUGAAUGGUGUUAGAAUUGCUGACACACAUAUACAAGAAGAUAUGGGUUAGCCUCUCUUAACUGUUCAGUUUUGAAGAUAAUAUUGUUAAAUAUUGAGAUGAUAUGCUCUUGGAUUUGAUGCACUAAUCUUAUGUCAUAUUGUGAGACUUGAAGAGAUUGUUAUUUCCAUUUUGGUAUAUAAUGUUAAUUUAUUGACUAGUUUGAAAUAAUGUGAAGUGUUUUAUAUAAAAUUAAUAGAGGACAUAUUUAUCUUGAAAGAAUAUGCAAUUCAUAAGUUGCAUAUUAUUUUCAAGACUAAUAAUGAUAUCUGGUAUAAGAAUCACAAAAUCGGGAGGAUGUGACCACGUCCUCUAACUAAUUAGUGCUGGGACCGUGAGCAAGUUUUUGUACCUCUCUGAGUUCAGAAUUUUCAUUACAAAUGAGAUGACUGUAUUGAGACCUCUGAAGUCCCUCUUAAGUAAAAUGUGCAGUUUUUUUUUCUUCUUGCUCUACUGCUCAGUACCUAAAUUUGUCAUGUCCAAGUACUGAUUCCUUAUUACAUCAAAUACUUUGCUUUAGUUCAACUGUUUUAAUAGAUACCUCACCAUGGGGUAAAAGAACUGAGGACUGAAAAUUAAACUUAUUUUUCUAUUUAUUUGAUUUUGUGUACUCUUUCAGGUCAGCUCUAUUUUGGCUAGGAUAUAGUUUUCAAACUAUUUGUACAUAAAAUUUUAUUAUUUUUUCUUUUUAUUGAGAUAUAUUCAGGUAUGCACACACAUUUUAUAUAGUUCUUGAAUUUCAGGACAGCUAUAUGUAAAUCUUUUUUAAAAACCUGAUCAUGUUAAAAACACUGAAAAAGUUGGGUGAAAGAAAUCCUAUGGUGACUUCUGUUAAAUACUAAUUUUUGCCUUAUAAAUAUGGUUUGUUAUGUAGUGGGUUUUCCCAAAGGAAAUUAGGUUAAUGAACAAUAGUUUACUUGACCCUUAGUAGAGAAUCAAAACUAAUAGGAUAAGAAUUUUCUUUGGCUAUGAGAAUUUGGUGGAUUGAGAAAGAAGGAAAAAUAUAACAAAUACUGUAUUUUUUAAAAUUUUAUUUACUUAUUUGACACAGAGAGAGAGGUCACAAGUAGGCAGAGCAGCAGGCAGAGAUAGAGGGGGAAGCAGGCUCCCCGCUGAGCAGAGAGCCCAAUUCGGGCCUCGAUCCCAGGACGCUGAGAUCAUGACCCGAGCCAAGGGCAGAGGCUUAACCCACUGAGCCAUCCAGGCACCCCUGUAUUUUAAAUUAACAUUUAUCUCGUGGAUCGUCCUGAAGUCUCAGAUGCCCCCAAGACUACAAUACUGGGUUUUUUUCUUUUUCAGGACUUAAGCUUUAGAAGGGGAAUUAUGCCAACACAUCUAAAGUUAGUCUCUACUGCCUCCUCAGACACCUGGAACAUGAGCCCUCGGGGUUAGAACUAACUGUAAAACGCAGUGAUUGCACCCUUUGAAGCAUUUGGUCUUCGAAGAAACACUGUUACCUCUGUAUAAUCAUCUUAAGAGAUUUUCACCCAGGUAUUUAAAAUGCAAACCACUGUAUUUGUCCUGUUAGUGAUUUGUGGGCCUUAACUCUAGCAUUUAAAUCAGAGAAACAAACUUCGGUUCUUGAAAUGUACAAAACAGCUUGAAAUAUCCUCAGUUUAAGAUCACAAUAUUGGUCAGAAUGGUAGAUAGACUCUCAACACUGCCUUAGCUCUGCUUGCUACAUAUAUGGGCAAUAAGGCACUUUGUUUAAAAGUAUUUAUUAAAUGUCUUAAAUUUCUUAACAUGUCCCCCGAAACACCAUUAGCUAUUUUCAGUACGAAGAUUUAUUAAUAAAUGUAACUGUUAGUUACCUCAGAUUUUCAAACAGACUGAACGAAAACUGGGGUUUUUAUUACAAGGGACUUUUUUUGUUUCAGUUAAUGAAAUUUUGGUCUUUUGAACCACUUUCCUGGUGUCAAAACAUCUUGAGACCACCACUCAAUAACAAAAAUAAAAAGACAAAAUAGACUACUUGUCUUAAUAAUAGAAAAUCAUUUGCUAUACCGUAGAUACAUACUUUAAUGUCCAUGUUGCAGAGAUGUUGCAUUUUUUUGAGACAUUGAAUUUUUAAGAAAUAAAACCAAACAUUGUGGUUAUCUCUAAAUGGAUAUUGAAGUAAGCAUUGUAGUUAAACCUAGCUGCCCAUUUUUCCAAAUAUGUUCAGAUUCACCUCUGAAAGAUCAAUUUAAUUUUUAGCCAAUGAGUGCCUAUCUGCCACUUUAUUAAAUAAAAGGGGACAACAUGACAGUGUAAAUACCCCAGAGGUGUGCUUUAGCUUAUAUAGAAAUAUUAAGUUGAAUUUUAUUAGCAUUCUGUAAAUGUUCCCUUUUACCAGACUAUAAAUGCAAAAGAUUAUAGAACUAUCAUUUUUUGAAAUACCAAAUACUGUUUUAUCACCAUCAUACAUCUUUUAGCCACCCCCCCCCCAAAAUUACAUUUUAGAUUCUGCACCUUCCACCCUUCCCCCCUCCCUCUCCUUUCUUUAGUGUUCUUUAGUUUGUUUUUGGUUUUUUUUUUGUUUGU